AUGAACGAAGCAUCUUUGGAUAUAUUUCUUGCGAAUCUACCUUACGAUAAUACCGUUAGCCAUGAGGAAGAUCAGGAAAAGCUGGAUAGAAAUGGCAAUGAUGAUGUGCUUGAUGAAUUUUUGGAUGCUAACAUAUACGACAAUAUCUCAAGUUCGAAGCAUGACGAGACACUUGGUGGCACCUCCCAAAUGCCUCCUGUGGGUUUGUUGCAACCACCAAGUGACAACAAUAAUGACUCCAACGUAUCCUACUAUAUGGACAACGAUCUCUGCAUCAAUCCAGUCACGCCUCCGGGUUCCCACCUUGGUGACUCUACGAUAGAUCGGAAACAUGUCUCUAUCGAUUCCUUCUUGGGCAGUGAACGAUCUCUUAAAACAGAUGAUUCACAAUUUUACGAGUACGAAAGAUCCCGAGAGGAGCUGAUUAGAUUGAAGUUUGGUCCAAGUAGAGAUACUUGCGCUAGCUCAGAAUGCCCACUACAAAUAAGCAAUGAAAACGAUGUCGGUUACGUGCUGCCGUCUCCGAAGAACAAUUUUUCAAUACCCUCCAAUUAUCUUUCUUUAGAACCAGAACGUUUACCCUACUCAUUAAGAAUAGGUGGAUUGCCAGUUUCAUCCAGAGUUGAAACCCAGAUCAAGAUUGAGCUUUCCAUUUCUCCUGCGCCGCCCCAAUUCUUACUUCACCUACCCAACGACACUAUUGCAAAAUCGAAACUUUGUCUGAAUGGUGAUAUUCCUGUAAGUAUGCAGCCACACUUACUUUAUCUCGAUACUUUUGUUGUUACUAGCGAUUCGAACUCAGUUGGUGACGCACAAUCAUGCAAUGUUUGUAGCAAGUGUGUUCGUAGAGAACUUAAGAGAGCAUCGAGGCGAAAGAAUGGAUCUACAGAGGAUGGUGCAAGCUGGAGUCUGAGUACACCAAGAAGGGCUAUAAUUUUUAAUUGCAAAGAGAUUGUUUCUUUCCCAGCACCAACGGGGACUAUGGCUGAAAAAAAGAUUGAUCUACUUUCCCGAAUAGUUUGCUAUUGCAGGCAUCAUCAAGAGUCUAAAGGAUUCAAGCUGAUGUUUGUUUUGAGAAAUUCCAAAGGUGAAGUUCUAGGCAAGUGCUUUUCGGGUAACAUUAUGAUUAUGGACAGGAAAAAGAAUGUGCAAUCGAGCGGUGUCUCGCUUAAAGGCAAUCAUCCACUUUCUCCAACUUCCAUUGAUGAAUCAUCGACAGAUUGUACUCAAUCUCAAAACGAGACCCUGCUACAAGGACAGCUCGGAUCCCAAAGGGGGUCGAAACGUCAAAAGAGACCCUGGAGUGAUGUUAACGCCGUUGCAGCCUCUCUCAAAAAGGAACCUACAAGUCCUAAUACUGCUGAUGUGGCCAGGUCUCCUACGAGUAGGAUCGGCUCUAUUGCAAGUGCUUCUGGAAGUAGUACAACGCCAGAUCGCAACACAAACUACUGCUCAUCAACAUCAAUAACAAGCACCUCUUCUCAGGGAAUGAAGGGAGUACAUUGCUUUCAGGUACCUCCGCCUAUUAUUAAGUCCGACGUUUCAAAUAAGCCCACAAUCCAGAGAAUAAUACCCGCCCAGGGGCCAGUUAGAGGCGGUAUCGAAGUCACUCUCCUUGGUUCCAACUUUCGUCCGGGGCUUGCGGUAAAGUUCGGUUCUAACUUGGCAUUGGCGACUCAUUGUUGGUCAGAAUCCACUAUCGUUACAUACUUACCCCCAUCUUCACAACCUGGUCAGGUUUUAGUAACUUUCGAGGAUGCAAACUCAGGAGAACAAGAUGUGAGCCUACCUGCUACGCAGGUGUUCACAUAUCUGGACGAUUCUGACAGACAGCUAAUUGAACUCGCCUUACAGAUUGUGGGUUUGAAGAUGAAUGGAAAAUUGGAAGAUGCAAAAAAUAUCGCUAAACGUAUUGUUGGUCAUACGGGUGAAAAUUCGGUAGCACAGAGUGUUCAGAACUCACCAGAAAUGUUGAACAACAUUGAAAAUGCCGUACAUCAGGAAUGGUUGUCGACAGCAACAACUACCGUUAAGGAAUUAACGAAAGAGAACUGGGAACAAGAGAUCUUACUUUUGAAGGUUAUGGAGCUAAUGGAGCUUCCCAAUUGCCCAAUUUCAAAGCCAAAUUUUUCUUUAUGUACUCCUGAGGGACACACACUAUUACAUUUGGCUGCAAUGAAAGGUUACGUGAAUUUAGUGUUAUUUUUGAUAGAGAGGGGAUGCAAAAUUGACCAUAAGGAUAUCAAUGACUUAACUCCCUUACACCUAGCCCUGGUAAACGGGCAAAGAGAGGUAUCUGAAUUAUUAAUUCGGUGUAGAGCCUCUUUAUCUAUGAAGAUAAACAAUCAGGUUAAUGUUGAAGAUAUCACCGAUUCUAACGUUUUAGACCUAAUAGGAAUUGGUGUCAGGUCAGAUCAAUUGUUAGACAGAAGGCUCUCUUCUGAUUCGCUCACUUCGAUAUUCAGUAAUAUUGAUGAAAGUGCGCUUGAAUACAAAGUUUCACGUAUGGUCUACGAAGUUCAUGACAGCACAGAGCAGCAAAGGUCAAGUAGUUUUGCCGAUUUUAUUCUUUACGAUCAAGAAGAGGAAGAUGCAGAUGAUGAGAAUAUGAGUAGUGAUAAUGAUGAACUCCCCGUUUCUGCUGAUUCUGUCCCUACAGAUUCUGAAUCUGAAAAAACGGAUAGUGCGCCAGCUAUCGAUUCAGAAACGGAUACCAUUACUUCGGAUUAUGACGGAAAUAAACGAACUAAAUUGAAAUUGUGGAGAAAGGUUCAAAAUGUUUUCCAACCCGUCAACAAAUCCUUUGCCCACUCCGUGGAUAGCUUACCUGAAGAGAACUUACCUAGUUAUGAUGAUCUUUUCCCUAAUGACUCAUCUAUCAGAUCCCUAAUGAAGUUUACUACGUCUUCCUUCACAAAAGAUGCCCAAGAACGUCAAAUUUCUGAUAUGCCUGAAACGUUAAUAGAUGGCAGCGUCGAUAUUGUUCGAGAUUUCGGUUCUGAAGAGGCUACUAAGACGUUUCAAUACAGUUUUGCUAGUCAAAAUAGCCGUAAAUCUGUGCUGAAUGAUAAAAGGCUGUUUUUCAUUUGGUUACCUAUGCUAUUAAUGAUGCUGCCUAUCCUAUUUAUAAGUAAAUUUGAAAUGGCAAAACAAACAGACUACAAGCAGUCGUAUGACCAUUUUGUUCAACUUCUACGAUCUGUUUUGGUCUCAGUUAUGCUGGGUAAGGAACAAGUGAGCACUAUGUUGAGGGGGCAAUUGAAUAAUCUGAAUACAGUAAUGUCAUGA